GGGAAGGUUUGUUUUGACUGAAGUCUCUGGCUGUUAAAGUCAGCUGACAAACAGUGUCAGCAUCCUGUCAGGGGACGUCUUUCAUGUUCUGAUCCCUGCCGAUGUGGCGGUUUAAUCAAUGUCUUUGCCCGGCGCCGUAUAACUGCCACAGUGUUCUUGCUGGCUAGUCCCCAGUGUCGUGAUGACGUCGCAAUUAGAAAGGCCCAGUUGAGUCUUUCCAACCUCAUUGCAGUCUACGAAAUACACCACAAAAUGAAAUUAAGUUUAAAAGCUCAUUCGUGCCUCGGCCAACUAAUCACUGUUCAAAGAAUAUUAUUAGAUUUGUGAUCACAACGGCGCACUGCUGCACGGCUGACAGUCGUGUUGCUCUGUACUGCGUAUUGGGCAGCCUACCAGCAUGGCAACAGCUCUCUAAGCUCUGCUUGUCUCACUGAGUGUGUGAGUUCACUGGGGACAAGACACACUCUGUCACAGAGUUCAUGGAUAUUAACCUCAUCAUCAGCAUCAUGGGCCAAAGUGGUUUAUCUCUCCACAACGUGACUGCUUCCAUUGUGAAACAACAUGCCUUCAUGCAGGAUGGGAUGAUAACACUGGAGUAAGUGGAUUAGAUGCUGCAGCAGGAGCUGUAACAGUAUGGGACAUAUACACACCAGAUAGUGGUCGCUGCAGGAUAAAUGAUGCCAACAUCUUGUUGAGGAAUUGCCAGCUCGUUGUGGGAGUUUGUAAUUGAAUAACUGGAUAUUGUUAUCGGUAUUCUUCAUUACCAUACUGUACAGCAUUGAUGACCUCGGAGGACAUUGUGUCAGUGACCUAGAAGACUGCUGGGUCAGUGACCUCACGGGAUGGUGCUGUGGAUGUGAAGAAUAAAACUCUGACUUGAGGGGUUCUUUGGGUUAUUAUUGCAUCUAGAAUGGAUUAUAGACAGGAUUGUGCAUGAGCAGUUUCCAGGACAACAGUCAUGAUUUCAGAAUUAUAUACUUUGUACCUUACUCCCAGCCAUCCCAAGAGUACAGUGGUUUCAUCCUGACGUGGAUACAUUGACAGUGACACAACUGAGGCUUUGAAAUUUGUUGAAACAAGAGUGAGACCUGAAUGGUCCAAGAGUUAAAGAUUGUGAUGAUCCACCAGUACAAGAGUUAAAGAUUGUUAUGGUCCACCAGUACAAGAGUUAAAGAUCAUGAUGGUCCACCAGUACAAGAGUUAAAGAUUGUUAUGGUCCACCAGUAACAUGAGUUAAAAGUCCUGACAGUCCACCAGGAUCCAUGGACUCAUCAGAUUAAAUGCUUUAUAAAGUCUUGAUUGUACAUGAACACAAAGUUGUGUCUAUCUUCAUUGUUCAUGAACACCGCAUUUUGUAAGCAAUACCACACCAUUUUACCACCAAGGAGGUACCUGAUCUAUAGCAUUAUUCUUUUUGGUAGGAGACAUUGAAAAGUGUGAGCCAUCAAACCAGUGCAUCACUGUCAAAAUAAGACACCAGUGUGUCACAGUGAAGCUAGGACACGAUCAUCCUUUAAGUGUUUUAACUGGCAGAACACAAUCAUGACAGCAACUGAGCAGUGGAAUUACCCCAUCACUCAACAUUCCAUCACAUGACGUUCAUCACAUGAGUUACAUGUCACAGCAUGAUCACAGAAUUGUCCUAGCUUUGAUGUCCCCCUGUCAUAUAGAUAUGGAGCUGGAGCUGUCUGAUGCCACAAAUUGAUAACGGUUGGCUCACCCAAAUGCCAUUCAUUCAAGAUUUAAUAUGGAAGGAUCGGAGAACAUCAGGGCUUGUUAUACCAUAUUCUCAGCAGGAACUGAAAUGAUAUUUCAUGGUGGGAAUUGACGACCAGUGAGGGUUUGGUUUGGGAUUGUUUGAUGGGAAAAUGCCAAACACAUUCAAGGCUUGACAGAGGCACACUCUUUGUUAAAGAGUAUUGAAUGAUUACAUGUGUGAAGAGGCAGAGGCUUUGUAAAGGUGGCUGACAGAGAAGAUCCCUACUCCACUGCACUGACUGAAGUGAUUGUAUACAGUAGGGUGUAUUACAUUGGAUUACUGCUCUGCCGGAGAAGAUCCCUACUCCAUUGCACUGACUGAAGUGAUUGUGUAUUACAGUAGGGUGUAUUACAUUGGAUGACGGCUCUGGCAACGCUCUUCAGAAAUAGAACAUUGAUAUCAACAACUGUGCAUUUGGAUUAAUGAGGAAUCAAGUUGACUGUCAGUUGCCUUCGAUACUAGUUAUACACAUGUUCUAGAAGGUAAGAAAUUGGAUAUUUCUGAGAAGAGAGAAGACAAUUGUAAUAUUAGUGUGCUUUGGAUAUCUUGUGUUGUGUAACAAGCAGUUCAAGGAUACCGUGUUUAUGUUUCUUGGGCUUCCUUUCAUUGAAAUUCAUUGUGUUACCAGGGAAUAAGAGUCACCUUGAACAAGCUUGUUUUACAAUGACUUUUGGACCUGGAUAACCUUGCCAAGACGUUUUGUGCCAGUGUCGUAUAGGUCCUGGUUGAAACUCUAUUUCAUGCUGCAACUUGUAACAAUUGAACAAGACAUGCAUUUUUUUGUGAAACUUUGAAACAAGUGAUAUUUUUUUUUACCCAGAAACCUACGAGUCUAAAGUUUCCUUUCUGAGACCUUCGAAAUCAAAUCUGUGAUUACUGGUAAUCAGAUGUUUCUUCGUGGACAGGACCCUUCUGUUCCCUCUUCCAACAAGCUGGAGCCAUCAGUAGAACACCACAGCAGUGAGAUGAGAUAUUUUGAUAAUGGCUUCCUUGUUCAAGAGUGAUUUGGUUUGGGGAAAGUGAUACUACACACCUCCACGUAUACAAUACAGGUCCAUAGAUGACCUUGAUGACCGUGACGAAGGUGUGACUUUCUAGGAGGCCUUCAACCAUGCCAUCAGGGUGUAACCUCAGACCCCAGGACAAGUGCAAUGGUGGCACAGGAUGUGUCAUGACCUCGAAUCACACGGAAGGCAUGGUAGGGAAAGAUGUGGAGAAGGGGGACGACCCGACUUUGCUCGGGUUCCUUCCACGAAUGUCUGUACAGGAAGUUCCGGCAUCGUGGUGGACGAGCAGAGAGAAGUAUCUCAUGGCUGUGUGUACACUGCUCUUCCUGGCAUGCAUCGCUUUUAUUGCUGUAGCAUUUACAAGGUCUGAAGAAUCCAAACACUGUUUAACAGCUGACUGCAUUAAAACAGCGUCCCAGCUGAUGGACAUGAUGGAUGUGACGGUCAACCCGUGUGAGGACUUCUACCAGUUCGCCUGUGGUCAGUGGGACAAGACCUAUGUUAUCCCCGAGGAGAAGUCCAGCUUCAACACCUUUGAGAAACUGCAUGAUGAACUACAGAUCAUUUUAAAAGGUCUCCUGGAGGAAUACCCCACCCCCCAUGACUGCGAGGCCACUCUCAAGGCCAAGGUCUUGUACCGAUCCUGCAUCAAUGUCUCCCAAGUGGAGCGAGUCGGAGAUACCCCGCUCCGGGAGGUGCUGGAGAGCCUGGGAGGAUGGCCACUCAUUGACGCCAGCUGGGAUCCAUCCACCUUUGACCUUGAAGUGUUGCUGGGGAAACUGCGAGGGAAGUACAACGCUCCAGUUCUUAUGGACAUCUUGGUCAGCGCUGAUGACAAAAACUCUUCCGUCAACAUCCUACAGAUAGAUCAGCCAAAGUUGGGGAUGCCCAGUCGGGAGUACUACCUGCAGGCGGAGGACAAGGUGUAUUUCCACGCAUACUACAAGUACAUGCUGGACGUGGCGCACCUGCUUGGGGCAGACAUGCAUAAGGCGCAGGACGAGCUGCACGAAGUCCUCGAGUUCGAGAUCAAGCUGGCAAAUGUGACAAAACCCCAGUCUGAGCGCCACGAUACAGGCGCCAUCUAUGACAAGAUGACCAUUAAGGAGCUACAGCAAGUGACGCCAACCUUUGACUGGGUGCGAUACUUCAACCUGUUCAUGCCGUACCCAAUCACAGAGCAGGAGCCGGUGGUCGUGUUUGCUGCGGAGUACCUUCACGACAUGUUUAACACUGUCAUGGAAACAGACAGACAGACAGUCGUCAACUACAUCAUGUGGAGGGUCAUUCUAAACUUUGCUGCUGAGUUGACAGAAUCCUAUCAACAUGUGGGGCGCCAGUACAGACGAGUCCUACAGGGCGUGAAACGUGACAAGAUACGCUGGCAGAAGUGCGUGGAGUACGUCAACAAGCGGAUGGGCAUGGCCGUGGGCAGCAUGUUCAUCAGAGACAACUUCAAGAAGGAGAGCAAGGACACGGCUUUGGAGAUGAUCCACGAUAUCCGAGAAGCCUUCAACGAACUCCUGGAAGAGAACCAUUGGAUGGAUGAAAUCACAAAGUCAUUUGCCAAGGAGAAGGCCAAUGCUAUGAAUGAACGAAUCGGCUACCCAGAUUUCAUCAAGGACAGCAAGAAACUGGAUGAAAAAUAUAGCCUGCUGCAGUUUGACGCACAGCAGUACUUCAGGAACAUCCUACGAGUGGAGGAAUACAGCGCCAUCAACAUGAUGAGGAAACUGCGUGAACCGGUCCGGAAGGACACUUGGGAGCAGGACCCUGCCGUUGUGAAUGCUUUCUACAAUCCCAACAGGAAUGAUAUCGUGUUUCCAGCCGGCAUCCUCCAGCCGCUCUUCUACAGCAGACAUUUUCCCAAGUCACUCAACUAUGGAGGUAUUGGUGUGGUGAUUGGACAUGAAAUAACACAUGGAUUUGAUGACAAAGGACGUCAGUACGACAAAGAUGGGAAUCUAAAGCAAUGGUGGGAUGAGGACACCAUCCAAGCAUUCCGAAACCAGGCCCAGUGCAUGAUCAACCAGUAUUCUGGCUACAAGCUGGAGCAGAUAGGGAUGUAUCUUGAUGGUAAGAACACCCAGGGAGAGAACAUCGCAGAUAACGGAGGACUGAAACAGGCAUACAGAGCCUACAGGAAGUGGGUGCAGGAACAUGGAGAGGAGCAGCUUCUACCAGGCAUCGGACUGAGUCACAACCAGCUCUUCUUCCUCAAUUAUGCCCAGAUCUGGUGUGGGAAGAUGCGAGAUGAAGAAGCUCUUCACAAGAUACGCACAGCAGUCCACAGUCCCGGACCUCUCCGGAUCCUGGGGCCGCUCUCCAACUCACUUGACUUUGCCGAAGCAUACAAUUGUCCCAUUGGAAGUCGCAUGAAUCCGACAAAAAAGUGCUCUGUGUGGUGAUUCCAGUGUGAGAUUCAUCCAUGAUGAUGACCUUCAUUCAAGGUCACACCGAACUCGAGCCAAGCAAAGAUUAAAGUUCAAGAGAAUCAGCUGUGUUUUCUCUGUGACUCAUUGGUUGUGACAGCAGCAGAUGUAUCUCUACUCUGGAACUCAAGAUUCCUGAACAACUCAGUACACUUUCAUGCUGAACUGAAACUUCAUUCAAUAUGUAUUCAAACUGCAAUAUACUGGAGCCAAAUCUUGAUGACAUUUUUUUUACAUGGGUAAUAUUUUGAUCUAUGUUAAAUUUGGUGUGGUGGUGAAAUGGGUAAAUAUGGACGUGAUGCUUGCCUGUCUGUCCGUCCAUACAGGGAGAUGUUGGAAACCUGGACAUUGUCAAUACCAUAUAUGGAAGUGAACACAUUUAAUGGAGCAAACAUAUAUGGAGGUGAACGCUUGUUAGGGAAUUGACAUAUAUGGCUCUUAAUGUCUGUGUAAAAGACGUGUGGUGGUGAGAAAUGAAUAAUGUGGCGUGGGUGGAGUACAGUAAUUCAAUGGAGAAGGGACGAGUGGAAAAGCCAAACUUAAAAUGGGAGGAGAGCCAAAGCCAUAUGUGGAACGGAGAAGAUGGAAAAGCCGUAUACUGAAAGAUGAGGAGUGGAAAAGCUAAAUAUUGAAUGAGAGGAGUGGAACAGCCAUAUAUAUUGAAAGAGGAGGAUUGGAACAGCCAUAUAUGUUAAAAGGGGAGGAGUGGAAAAGCCAUAUAUAUUGAAAGGGGAGGAGUGGAAAAGCCAUAUAUAUUGAAUGGGAGGUGCGGAAAGGCCACAUAUAUUGAAUGGGGGGAGUGGAAAGGCCAUAUAUAUUGGAUGGGAGGAGUGGAAAGGCCAUAUAUAUUGAAUGGGAGGAGUGGAAAGGCCAUAUAUAUUGGAUGGGAGGAGUGGAAAGGCCAUAUAUAUUGAAUGGGAGGAGUGGAAAGGCCACAUAUAUUGAAUGGGGGGAGUGGAAAGGCCAUAUAUAUUGAAUGGGAGGAGUGGAAAGGCCAUAUAUAUUGAAUGGGAGGAGUGGAAAAGUCAUAUAUGGAGGGGGAAAGUUGGACAAUGAAAGUUUUUUCCUGAAGGAAAUUGUUCAGAUGAAAAGAUUCUUUGGUUCCAAUAGGAGUUGAUGAUUCCACAAGAAAUAUGGUGUUAUCCUCAAAGACUUAAAAUGCUUAUGUAUUGCUAGAAACAUCAUUUGAAGUUUAAAUUUAAUAAACAGAAAUAAAAUAGAAAAUAUGAAAGCUAUUCAUGAAACAAUGUGAUCAUGUUAGCCUUGACCCCAGAUGAUAAUAACAGAAAUAUUCUGAAUUUUUGUGUUUCAUCCCAUUGAGGUAGCUAUUGAAAUUCCUAUCUUCCUAAUCUGCAGAUUUUUGUGUCGCUUGAUUAAUAUUUUUGUCAGUUGGAGUAAAAUAUUUAUGCGUUAUUAGUUUUGUUGGUCCAUUUUGGUAGGAAGAUUAGGGGAAAAGGAACAUCAAUGAUAGUAUGUAUAUUACUUCAAGCUGUUGCGUUCAAUUAGGAUAUAUACUACUCAAAAGAAGUAAAGGAUCACCUGAUUCUUUCAUAUUACAAUAGUUAAUCUCUCAUGCCAUGACAGAUUAACUUUACCAAUAUGAAAGAAUCGGGUGAUCCUUAACUUCUUUUGAGUAGUAUAUAUGAUGUGGCACUGUGACAGCAGGUAGCAUCUGAAAUAGGUUUUUGAAACCAACAGACUGCAGCAUUUGCUGGUGGUUGGUUAGACAAUGAUGAAGAUGUGUGUGUGCAAUAUAUCAUGACUUCUUUCAUGUACAUGUUCUUGUUCACUGUCCGUGGACUGUAUACUGUAUAUUACAUGUAUCAAUUAUCAUUACAUAUUCAGGGACCAGUCAUUAACUAUAGCAGGGGAUGUUUUGCCAUGGUGCAUGACAUACAGUUAUCUCAUUUGAAAAUGAUUUGGCUACCCUCCCAAAUGGUGCAUUUGUUCUUCACAACCAUCCACUAUCCAUAGCCCUGACCACCUCACAGAUCUAACCCAGCCCCAUUCUUGGUAAAGACAGAGUCAUCUCAUCAUAAAUGACUGGUCCCUGCUGUGACAGACUCUUGCCCUAAUUUGAUAUGUUUGUAUAAGACAGGACUAUAUAUGUGUUGUGUUUUGUGGUGCCAGUGUGUAUCAUGUGUUCCACAACCAGUUGUUGAAACUGUGACUAUUUAGUUAAAGCUGUAUCGUUCUUAUUCCUAAGUUAAUGGAUAUGCUGAUACUCAAAUUGGGAAAGUAAUCAACCAAACUUCAAGUGGAGUCUAUUAAAAUAUACUAUUCAAGAGCUGAUCCCAAUUCUUUCAUAUUACUGUAGUUAAUCAGUCAUGGCAUUAACUUCAGUAAUAUGACAAAAAAGCAGGCGUAUUUUUCAACUUCUUUUAGUUGUAUAUGUCAAGUAUCAUUAAGCGUGGGGCAAACAGAAAACCCAUAUUAAGCACAGUGAUUCACUGAGAGUCAGUUUGACAGUAUUUUAGAUAAUGGGGAAAAACUAAUGAUCCGAAGCUAUAACCAGUGGUCCUGGCAUGUCUUAAGUCCCGCAACACCUACAGCGUUUCAGUUUUAUCAUCUCAAAAGAUAUAUCGAGUUAUUGUGAUUAUUUUAUGAUCGUAUCAUACAUUAACUGGGUUGUAGGGGUUGUGAUUUCAUCAGUCCAUCUAUUUUAAUCAAUCCAUCGUAAAUCACUAAGCAUCGUUGUUCUUAGUGGAAAGGUCUGUUGACAAUGGCAUCUUUAUUUGUACCGUACCUUUUCACCAGAGGAUACAAUCAAGCCAGGUAAUUAAGUAACUGACGAGGAUUCGACAACAUCCCUCUUUCCCCUCCACAUCACCGAGCUAAUGACACAUAGCAAGUGUCUUUAACGUUUAAUACUGGAACGGCAAAGAAACGAUUUUCUUGUCUAAAAAUGAACUUUAUGAUCCGACUGUCAGAGAAACUACACUUACUUUUUAUAGAUUUUCUUCCGAAGUUAUGUUUGCAAUGUGGAUUGGAUUACUAGACAGCCUUGGCCUGCCCUUCUAUAUCUUUUUGUCAACCUGAGCCAUCUGAGGCUUGACAUUCCUAUCAAUACUGGAAGUUGAAUUCACAUCGUAUUACGACUGGAGGAAUUCUGGUAAGGUAUUCAUAUUAACGAAAUGACAAUUCGACAUUUGUGUGGGCAACUUCUUGUAUGUUUAAACAUACUGGAGUAGAUAUUGUCUUACAUGAAGUACACGUAUUAUAUCUAUCUAUCAUACGCAGACAGCUUUGUUAUUUUUAACUUCAGAAAAUACUUACGACAUCGUGUUGAAUCGGCAAUAGCAAGUAAUGAACAAACGAAAAUAAUGGUAAAGUUGUCUUUGCUAGCUGCAACCACAAAGCAUACUUCACAGUCAGAAAAUAAUUUAACACCUGCAGGUAGACAUGAAACCAGAAUAAACAUCCUGGCUCCAAGUUGGGAAAGUAUGACUUCUUGGCCUUGGAUACACACAUGCUAACAUAUUUCAAUAAUAGGUCAAAUAAUAAAUCGUCAAUAAUUCACUCUGUCACUUGCCAUUUCAAAAAGUGAUAAAGCAUUAAAAACACCACAACUACUAGACAAAAUAUGAAAGAGAAAACUGGUAUGUCUUUAUUAGCAGUCAAACAAAUAAAUCAAGAUGACAACAAGGUACGCACAAAAAUAACAUGACAGCAUGAUAAACGAACAUAGUUAACGAACUCAGGUAAAAACUGGGAAUUCACCGAAAAGAAUUAAUACCGUGGUUCAAAAAUCUUCAAAACUAACAUCAUGACACAUUGCUAAAUGUUAAUAGAUACAUUAUACCAUAUCUUCAAACACAAGUUCAGAGAGGACACACGCCUGUUCGUUACCAUGGUACGGCUAUAUGGUGGUACAAUGUUUGUUGUUAGGAGUGCAUGAAUAAGAAAUUUAAUCACUUUACAGAAAGACAAAACAUGAUAAAACUAUAGACGCUGUGUGACAAGUGACGUAAUUGUAUUGCAUCUUAUCUUAUCCACAUGUGUAAGAAUACGAUAAUCUAAGAUUAAUAUUUGAAGGUAUCGCCAACAUGACUGUUUACAUUGUUAGAUCGUGAUGCAGAUAUCGACAGGUUGUUAUCUAUACAUCUGGAAAAAAGAUCAGCACCAUCCAUUUUCCAUGUAUCUGUUGGAAAUAUCUACAUAAAUCAUUGACGACGCUUUCAUUAAUAUUUAGUAUCCCAUCGAUACUUGCUGAAAAGCUGAUACAAGGACGUUGUAUUUCAGUAUAAACAUAUCACUUUGUACACAAAAACCAAAUGUGUUUCACCAGAAAAUGAAUACAGAACGCACCUUUUUAAAAAAAUGAUAGAUUGAAAUUCACAGUUGUGUUUGCUGUACCUUUGUCCAGGUGUAUAUGUUGGCGGUUGUUCCUGUUAGACCACACAUUCCUGUUUCCGUUCCCUUGUUUCUGUAAGUUAACUUUAAUAAAGUAUAUUCAUGUUCA